GAAUAUUUCCGAAAGUCAUCUGGAGGCACAACACAAACAAUUCGCCGUGCGCUGCACGUAAACUCGGCAUUAUACUGCGAUGUCUUCUGAAAUCACACUUAUCGCCAUCAGCCUUCUUAUUAUUAUAUUUAUGGCGUCCUUUGUAGCUCUGCUUGUUGUAUGCAGGAGAAAGUGCGGAAAGCUGGAUUUGGUAAACUCGCAAAAAGACCAUCUACUAGGCAAGAAAACAGUGGAGUUAGUUGGUGCAAAGCGAAAUGCCAAACAAGAACGACGGUGUGAUGAAGAUCUCAUGAACUCUUAUAAUCUCUACCUGGAUCCAGGGUGGCAGGAAGAUGCAGAGAGCAUGGUAUCACACUGCGUGGCUCUUCUGAAGGCAUGCCAUGAGCUUACAGAGAGACUGAUAAGAUACACAAUCGACAGCGAAAUGAUAACGUCACAGGUCGCAAUGUCGGGGGUUGUAUCAACGGCCAAAAAAAUAGGACCCAGAGUCGAUGACCUUGUUCAAGCCAUGUACACUCCAUCAGACUCGGCGCUCAUUCAAGAGAGGUCUAGCGCACUGCGCAAAUCCAUACUGCACCUACUUAAGAUGAUAAAAACUACGUCUAAUGAUGAUAGAGACCUCAAGUGGGCAGACGGCAUUCUCCUCACAAUUGAGCGAGAGAUCGAGAUGUUGGACGAAGAGAGCCGAAUUGCACAGGGAGAUAAGAGAGUCAGCCCCAACAGAAAGCAAGUGUUGUGUUUCGUUAAUAAGACAUUCGAUAUGUAAACUGCCAAGAGAUUUCGGCCUAGGAAGGGUUUGUUGAAAUCCCGAAAAGAGAGAGGGGAGGAAAUCGGAUUUGAGUGAUGGGGACAGGUGCAACUUUCUUCCAUUCGCCAUUUCUCCCCUAAUUUCUUAUGUUCAAAGACAAUAAAACAAUGCAUAUUACUACA